AUGGCCGAGCCAGGCAUCACACUGGGGCUGAAGUUCCAGUCGCGCGUGCUGUGUCCCCAAGUCGCCCAGAAGGACCGCUCGCAGUGGCUUGUGGCCACCAACUGCCUCCGCGAAGAGAAUGAGGUCAGGUUUGUGGAGUAUGACCCUGGGACGGAGUCGGUGAGGUCUCCCAGCGCGUACGUGCACCGCGCAGAGGUGUGGGAUCUCGCCGCGUGCCCAUCGAGGACCGACCGGUUCUUCACCGUCAACAACGACGGUGGGGAAUACCAUGUGAAUCUGUGGUCGACAGUGCCAGGAGAACAAGUCCUGAACUCCCUGUCAGAGCUCCCGGACAUUGAUGCCUCUAUAAGAAGGGUGCUGUGGCAUCCCAAAGACGACGGCAAGGUGGCCACAGUGGAGGAAGGCAAAUUGGAGACUUGGAGCGUGGCAGAAGACUCUGUAAAGUCUUCAGGAUCAGCCCCUGCUGGUGAACUGCAACAACUGUGGAGUGGCAGCUGGUGUGCUGAGGACACCAAUACCCUGUGCACCGCUGGUGGCAACGGAUUUCAAAUCUGGGACCUGAGAGCCAUGCAGCAGACUAAAGAAGUGGACAAUGCCCACGAAAUGCCCGUCAGGGACGUUGACUUUGCGGGUCAGCAGCAGGGUCAAUUGGCCACCUGUGGGGACGACUGUGCCAUCAGGAUCUGGGACCUCAGGCAGAUGAAGGAGCCCACACAACUGUCAAAGCUGAAUGGGCACUCUCAUUGGGUGUGGAAGUGCCGAUUCAACCCCCACCACAACCAACUUCUGCUGUCUUCAUCCUCGGACUCCCUGGUGCUGCUUUGGUCCACGAAGUCAGCAGGAACUGCUCCUGAGGGAUCCCCAAAAGGCACUUCACCUAGAUGCGCUGUCAUUGACGACAAGGCCCACACGUACGACGACCAUGAAGACAGCGUGUACGGCCUUGCUUGGAGCUGUGUGGAGCCCUUCGUUUUCGCAUCGGUGUCCUACGACGGCCGGGUUGUCGUCAACAAGGUGCCGUCGGCAGUGAAGUACGAGAUACUGAUAUGA